ACAGUAAUAAGUUAUUUUUCACGACACGAUACUUUAUCAAUGAGUCACUGGCGUGCUAAAUUUGUAAAGCUUUUAAAGCAUUAAGGUGUAAUGUAAGGAAUUCAGUGAAAAAUAUAAACAUGGAAGUGAAACGCGAUCCAAUUAUUUGGUCUCUGGCCACCUAUUUGUGCAGUUUGACUAGCGGGUUUGUUCACGCAUAUCGUCUCCGUCGAAUUGUUUCGUUUAUUAGUUAAUAGCUAGUUAUUGUGUCGUUUGAUUAAUGCUAUGUUUCAUUCAUCGUUUUGCUCGCACGUUAUUUUGGGCAACUGUACAUGGCGAUCCGUUUAUAGAUACCCCACUAAAUUGAAAUGAUUAAAACAUUUAUCGGUUGCAGAAAAGAACGCACCAGCAAUGUUGGGCAAAGUAAUAUAAUCAGUGUUGAACACAUUUAACAAGUGUAUCGAGAUUAUAUUAUUGGUUCUUUCGGUAAAGUCACGUAGAAGGGAAAUAAUAAAAUAAUACAAAUAUAAACAAUAAACAUUUUAUUGAGAUUGUUGGAAUACAUAGCGAGACUUUCACGUUUAUUUCAAAGUCCUCUACAAUUCCUGUUAUGUGUGUGGUACGUCUAUAAACGUAUCACGGUACUGUAUCAAACUUAUGGGGGAUGGGAAGCGAUUAGACUUCCGAUGCUCGGCUCACGGCUAACAUCAGUGGCGUGGCUCCAACACCUUCACCAACCCGCCUGAUAUUGUAUCGAUUUCCAAUUAAUUUCAACUCCAGCGACCGAAAGCAGAAGAGAAUCAAGUAUCAGAGCAGUGAAUUUGAACAAAUUCAAGUUUGUGUUCUUAUGUAAUUACAGAAGGAGUUGUUGCAGCACUAAGGUUCACGCGGAUAACACAAUGUCGUCGACUUCUCUGAAGCACAAAAUGUUCAUCAUGGAGCCCAUGGGGGAGAAAUUGAUCACGACUUUGCCUGGCAUCAACAGACAGAGGGGCACUCAACUGAAGAAAGAAGGAUUUGAUAAGGCAUUCAUGGUUCUGGGACAGUUCCUGCUGCUUCGCAAGAAUGAGGAGCUCUUCAAGGAGUGGCUCACGUACAUAUGUGAGGCCAACAGCCGGCAAGCGUCGCAGUGUUUCAAGUGUCUCAUGGAUUGGUGCGAUGCGUUCCUGUAGCAGGCUUUGUCGUGGGCCACCUGGCUGGUGUUGCCCUCCUAGCCAGACUGUGGGGAGCAAUUGGAGUACAUUCAAUUUAAUUUGAUCAAUCAUCAUCAUUAGCCAUAAUCAACCCACUGCUGGAUGAAGGCCAUCCCAAGUCGUCACCAUCUGUCGCCUGCACAUCAGCUUAAUUCAUUGCUCCAUCUCAGCAGGAGAUGCCCUCACGGCUGCGUUCCCACAUACAUCCCAAUAUGCUACGCAACCUGCUUCAUUGGGGUGAUGUUAAGGGAAUACUGUGAAUGGAAAAAUGUUCAAGUAGCUAACUUAAUGUGAAAACAUUGGCAAUUGCGUUUUUUUGCAGAAUUUGUUGCACUUGUUUGAACAUGAA